CCGGUUCGGAAGAGGUUAGAUCUGCACGCGAACUUAGUAGUAAAAGUGAGAUACGUGUUGUAUGAUUCUGCUCCGGCAUUGUGAUAACAACCAGAUACAUAUAUAUAAACUACCAGUUUUGAGACGCGCUAUGUCAUUAAGACCGGCGUGAACAACAGUGUGUGAACAGUCAAUCACCAUAGGAAGUUACUGGCCAAAGGUGAUGUCUGGCGAGAAGCCGAGCUUCACGGUGGGCGAUGAGGAGGAGACGGCGCCGGCGGACGACGACGCGCAGACCGACGCCACCGGCGAGGACGCCGACCAGUUCCCGCAGCAGUCGGGCCGCCCGGGGGCGGGCGCGGGGGCGGCCGGCCCCCUGCUGCUGCUGGGGCUCACCGAGCGCCGCAAGAGGCUCAGGCCCAGUAUGUCCCAGGGCACAGUGAUGGUUCAGCCUCGGUUUCAAGAGAAGGACUUUACUGUUGCAACACCAGAAGAAUUUGUUAGGAGGUUUGGUGGCACAAAAGUCAUCAACAAAGUGCUGAUAGCAAACAAUGGAAUCGCGGCUGUGAAAUGCAUGAGAUCUGUACGACGUUGGUCUUACGAGAUGUUUAAAAAUGAACGUGCUGUCCGCUUUGUAGUGAUGGUGACACCGGAGGACCUUAAAGCGAAUGCUGAGUACAUAAAAAUGGCAGACCACUAUGUGCCUGUACCUGGAGGUACUAACAACAACAAUUAUGCAAAUGUUGAGCUGAUUGUUGACAUAGCUAUGCGAACACAAGUUCAGGCUGUUUGGGCAGGGUGGGGUCAUGCUUCAGAGAAUCCAAAGCUUCCAGAGCUGCUGCACAAACACAACAUAACCUUCAUAGGGCCACCAGAGAAGGCAAUGUGGGCACUGGGAGACAAAAUAGCCUCAAGUAUUGUUGCUCAGACUGCAGACAUUCCAACACUUGCAUGGUCUGGAAGUGAGCUGAAAGCACAAUAUGGUGGAAAGAAGAUAAAAAUCUCAUCAGAACUGUAUAAGAAAGGUUGUGUGAGUACAAUAGAAGAUGGGUUACAGGCAGCUCAGAGGAUUGGCUUUCCUGUGAUGAUAAAAGCAAGUGAAGGAGGUGGCGGCAAAGGAAUCCGCAAAGCAGAAAAUACUGAAGAGUUUCCAAAUCUUUUUAGACAGGUACAAGCUGAAGUUCCAGGAUCACCAAUUUUUAUUAUGAAGCUGGCUCGAUGUGCACGGCAUCUGGAAGUUCAGCUUCUGGCUGAUCAGUAUGGCAAUGCAAUCUCUCUUUUUGGUCGAGACUGCUCCAUACAGAGGCGUCACCAAAAGAUUAUUGAAGAGGCUCCUGCGGUCAUUGCCAAACCUGAAGUGUUUGAGGAUAUGGAAAAGGCAGCUGUGCGACUUGCAAAAAUGGUGGGCUACGUAAGUGCAGGAACUGUGGAAUAUCUUUAUGACAUAAACGGCAACUACUACUUCUUAGAACUGAAUCCUAGGCUGCAGGUUGAGCACCCAUGUACAGAAAUGGUGGCAGAUGUGAAUCUUCCUGCAGCUCAGUUACAGAUUGCUAUGGGUUUGCCAUUAGACCGGAUCAAAGACAUUCGUCUUUUAUAUGGCGAGUCACCAUGGGGCGAUUCACCUAUUGAUUUUGAUACUCCACGGCACAAGCCCCAGCCCUGGGGACAUGUAAUUGCUGCUCGGAUAACUAGUGAGAACCCUGAUGAAGGCUUCAAACCAAGUUCUGGCACAGUACAAGAACUUAACUUCAGAUCUUCAAAAAAUGUCUGGGGCUACUUCAGUGUGGCUGCAUCUGGUGGUUUACAUGAAUUUGCAGACUCUCAGUUUGGACAUUGCUUCUCAUGGGGUGAAAAUCGAGAGCAAGCCAGGGAGAAUCUUGUGAUAGCUUUAAAGGAACUCUCAAUCAGGGGUGACUUCCGUACAACAGUUGAGUAUCUCAUCAAGCUGCUAGAGACAUCAAGCUUCCAGAACAAUACUAUAGACACUUCAUGGCUAGAUAUUCUCAUUGCAGAGCGAAUCCAGGCAGAAAAGCCUGAUAUUUUGCUAGGUGUAAUUUGUGGUGCUCUUCAUAUAGCUGACCGAGCAAUCAUCACUGCAUUUCAAAACUUCCAGACGUCUUUGGAGAAGGGGCAAGUUCAAGGAUCUAAUACUCUGUUCAACACAGUUGAUGUUGAAUUAAUAAAUGAAGGGUACAAAUACAAGGUGCAAGCCACCAAAUCUGGACCAAAUAAUUAUUUUAUUGUAAUGAAUGGCUCCUUUAAGGAAAUAGAAGUCCAUAGGCUUUCUGAUGGAGGCAUCUUGCUUUCAAUUGAUGGUUCAAGUUACACAACAUACAUGCGCGAAGAAGUUGAUCGCUAUCGCAUUGUUAUUGGAAACCAAACGUGCAUUUUUGAAAAGGAGAAAGACCCUUCCCUUCUGCGUUCACCAUCACCAGGCAAACUUCUGUCUUUUCUUGUAGAAGACGGAGGACAUGUGGACAGAGGACAAGCGUAUGCUGAAAUAGAGGUCAUGAAAAUGGUGAUGACACUCACAGCAAGUGAAGCUGGCUGUGUGUUUUAUGUGAAACGACCUGGCGCCCUUCUUGAACUUGGGACACUGAUUGCUCACCUUGAACUCGAUGAUGCCUCCCUUGUUACAAAGGCACAGGAAUACAGAGGGGGUUUUCCAGAUAAUGACAGUUCAGCUCCUGGUGUCGCAGAAAAGCUGAAUCACCUGCACAAUAAAUACAGAGUAACACUUGAGAAUAUAUUAGCUGGUUACUGUCUUCCUGAUCCAUAUCACUUAGCUCGGUUGAGAGAUGUGAUAGAGAAGUUCAUGAGUUCUCUCCGUGACCCUAGCCUUCCUCUGCUUGAGCUCCAAGAGGUGAUUGCUUCAAUUUCUGGGCGUAUCCCUAUUUCAGUUGAAAAAAAGAUUCGAAAACUGAUGACCUUAUAUGAAAGGAACAUUACUUCAGUAUUAGCUCAGUUUCCAAGCCAGCAAAUAGCUGGUGUUAUUGAUGGGCAUGCAGCAACACUGCAGAAGCGCUCAGAUCGUGAUGUGUUCUUUAUGACAACACAAGGAAUUGUUCAGCUUGUCCAGAGAUAUCGAAAUGGCAUAAGAGGGCGCAUGAAAGCUGCUGUCCAUGAACUUCUGCGUCAGUAUUAUGCCGUUGAGAGCCAGUUCCAGCAAGGAAGCUAUGACAAAUGUGUGACAGCCCUACGUGAUAAACACAAAGAUGACAUGGCUGCCGUUACUGCAACCAUCUUUUCACAUUCACAGGUAGCUAAGAAGAAUAUGCUUGUAACUAUGCUAAUAGAUCAUUUAUGGUCAAAUGAACCGGGACUCACAGAUGAAUUAGCAACUACAUUGAAUGAAUUGACUUCACUGAACCGUAGCGAGCACUCUAGAGUUGCCCUAAGAGCAAGACAAGUGUUAAUAGCUGCUCACCAGCCAGCUUAUGAACUGCGGCACAAUCAAAUGGAAUCAAUUUUUCUGUCUGCAGUUGACAUGUAUGGCCACGAUUUUCAUCCUGAAAACUUGCAGAAACUCAUCAUGUCUGAAACAUCCAUCUUUGAUAUCUUGCACGAUUUCUUUUUCCAUACCAAUAAAGCAGUGUGCAAUGCAUCUCUAGAGGUUUAUGUCCGCAGAGCCUACAUAUCCUAUGAAGUGACAUCACUGCAACUGUUAGAGCUUUCUGAUGAGAUCAGUUUAGUACACUUUCAGUUCCUGCUACCAUCCUCUCAUCCCAACAGGAUUGCAAGAUACACUACAGAAGCACAGGACGUCGAACUGUCUGCCGUCGCUCCAACUGCAACCUGGCAGCGAACUGGUUGCAUGGCUGCAUUUGAGACUUUUGAGCAAUUUGAACAACAUGCAGAUGAGAUGUUAGAUUUGAUUGAAGACUUUGCUUCACCAGCUACUGUCUCCGCGAGAGUGCUGGAUGCACUUGAAAGUGGUGGCAGUGAGUCGCGUGUGUCUACCAGCAUAAACAUCAGCAUGUCUCUCGGAGACAAUAGGGCAAAUAGUCAAGAUCUAGAAGACAGGCUGGUGGAGCCAAUUCAUAUAAUUAAUGUUGGAGUUAAGGAUAGAGGAGACACAGAUGAUGCAACAUUGAGCAGAAGAUUUGGAGACUUUUGUGCCAGACACAUAGAUGAGCUCAAACGAAGAGGGAUCCGUCGAAUAACAUUCCUUGUGCUCAUCAGGCGCCAGUUUCCUAAGUUCUUCACUUACCGGUAUCGUGAUAACUAUUCAGAAGAUCGCAUUUAUCGACAUUUAGAGCCCGCCAUGGCGUUCCAAUUAGAACUCAACAGAAUGCGUACCUAUGACUUGGAAGCCCUUCCUACAUCAAAUCAAAGGAUGCAUCUGUAUCUUGGAAAGGCAAAGGUGGCUAAAGGGCAAGAGGUGACAGAUUAUCGCUUUUUCAUUCGCUGCAUCAUUAGACAUUCAGAUCUCAUCACAAAGGAAGCAUCUUUCGAGUAUUUACAAAAUGAAGCAGAACGUGUUCUGUUGGAGGCUAUGGAUGAGCUGGAGGUUGCCUUCUCCCAUCCAGAUUCGCGACGAACAGACUGCAACCAUAUAUUCCUCAAUUUUGUACCUACUGUCAUCAUGGAUCCUGUUAAGAUUGAGGAGGCUGUAACAGAUAUGGUGAAGCGUUAUGGUCCCCGUCUUUGGAAGCUGCGAGUACUGCAGGCUGAGCUUAAAAUGUUAAUUCGUCAGACACCAAAUUCACCUACAACAAGUGUGCGACUUUGCUUAGCAAAUGACAGUGGUUAUUCAUUGGAUCUCUGGUUAUAUCGAGAAGUCACAGACCCUAAAACAGGUGUUAUAAAAUUUGAGUCAUAUGGUGAAAAACAAGGGCCAAUGCAUGGCUUAGCAAUUUCCACGCCGUAUGUCACAAAGGACUAUCUGCAGCAAAAGAGAUUCACUGCACAGAGUGCAGGCACAAGCUAUUGUUACGAUAUCCCUGAUAUGUUUCGUCAGAUGAAUGAAAAGUAUUGGAAGGAGAUUGCAGCUACUAAUUCUGAAGUUGUUGUUCCAACCCAGCUACUGGAGUAUGUGGAAUUAGUUAUUGUGGAUGAUCAUCUAGAGGAGCAGAAGAGAUUGCCAGGAGAGAAUGACGUUGGUAUGGUAGCAUGGCGCAUGACCCUUUUCACACCAGAAUAUCCUGAUGGACGUGACAUUAUUGUAAUUGCAAAUGACAUUACAUAUCUUAUUGGAUCCUUUGGGCCCCGAGAAGACUUGGUAUUCCAGUUGGCUUCAGAGUUAGCUCGAAAACUUCAAAUACCUCGAAUAUAUAUAGCUGCCAACAGUGGCGCUCGUAUUGGUCUUGCUGAGGAAGUCAAGAGCCUGUUCAGAGUUGCGUGGGAAGAUGCAGAGGAGCCUGACAAGGGGUUCAAGUAUCUUUACCUUACUACUGAAGACUUUGCUAAGGUGUCGGCAAUGAAUUCAGUGAGAGCAGUGCUUAUUGAAGAUGAGGGUGAGGCACGAUACAAGAUUACUGACAUAAUUGGAAAGGAAGACGGGCUGGGUGUAGAAAACUUAAGAGCUGCUGGAGCCAUUGCGGGUGAAACUUCCCAAGCUUACAAAGAGAUAGUUACUAUAUCUAUGGUGACCUGCCGUGCCAUUGGCAUAGGGUCUUACUUGGUGCGGCUGGGCCAACGUGUUAUUCAGAUUGAAAAUUCACAUAUCAUUCUGACAGGUUACAGUGCUCUGAACAAAUUGUUGGGGCGUGAGGUUUAUGCUUCAAAUAAUCAACUCGGUGGCACACAGAUAAUGUACAAUAAUGGUGUUUCACACAAGACUGAGUCGAGAGAUCUGGAUGGUAUCUACACAAUUCUGAAGUGGCUCUCAUAUGUUCCCAAGGAUAAGCAAUCGCCACUGCCGAUCAUUCAGCCAGUUGAUCCAAUAGAGAGAGAAGUUACGUACAUGCCAACUAAGGCACCCUAUGACCCGAGGUGGAUGCUUGCUGGAAGGCCUUCACCAACAAAUUCAGGCGAAUGGGAAUCUGGAUUCUUUGAUGCUGGCAGUUGGGAUGAGAUCAUGAGACCGUGGGCCCAGACAGUAGUCUGUGGUCGUGCACGCUUGGGAGGAAUUCCAGUUGGUGUGAUUGCUGUAGAGACACGCACAGUGGAACUGACAUUACCAGCAGAUCCCGCAAAUCUUGAUUCCGAAGCUAAGACUGUAUCGCAAGCAGGUCAAGUGUGGUUUCCAGAUUCUGCCUAUAAAACUGCACAGGCAAUACAAGAUUUUAGCAAAGAAGAUUUGCCACUAUUUAUUUUUGCUAACUGGAGAGGUUUCUCUGGUGGAAUGAAAGAUAUGUAUGAGCAGAUUGUCAAAUUUGGAGCAUAUAUUGUGGAUGGACUCCGGGAGUACCAGCAGCCCAUUAUCAUAUAUAUUCCACCAAAUGCUGAGCUCAGAGGUGGUGCCUGGGCUGUAGUUGACCCAACAAUAAAUCCUCGUCACAUGGAGAUGUAUGCUGAUCCAGAGAGUAGGGGUGGUGUGUUGGAGCCAGAAGGAAUUGUGGAAAUAAAGUUCCGUAUGAAAGAUAUCGUGAAAGCAAUGCAGCGAAUAGAUCCAGUGAUUCGACAGCUUCGGUCCCAACUGCUGUCCUCCCCUAACCUUUCAAACGAAGAGAAAGUUAUACUGGAGAACAAAAUAAGUGAAAGAGAGCGUUUCCUAAGACCUAUGUACCAUCAAGUAGCAGUACAUUUCGCUGACCUUCAUGAUACUCCUGAGAGGAUGCAUGAGAAAGGUACUAUACAGGAUAUUGUGCCAUGGCGCAAAUCUCGAUGUAUUUUAUAUUGGAGAUUACGCCGGCUUUUGUUGGAGAAUGAGCUAAAAACAAAGCUUCUGGAAAUCCAGCCUGACCUCAGUGUCGGCCAGGCAGAAGCCAGAUUGCGGCGAUGGUUUAUUGAGGACAGAGGGGCCACUGAGGCAUACGUUUGGGAUAACAACAGUGCUGUGGUAGAAUGGUUGACUGAACAGCUACAGGAAGGCUCAACAUUCUGGCACAACGUGCGCAGUAUGAAGCACGAAGCUGUCGUACAACGAAUCAAAUCUGCUCUGGCAGAAUGCCCGGACAGAGCCUUGGAAGCAGCGGUUACUGCCAUCAUGGAGACCUUAUCGCAAGAAGAACGAGCUGAACUGGUCUGGGCUCUUUCUCAAGAAGAACCUUCACAGAAACGUCUUUCAAUUACAGGAGAUGCACCCUCUAUUUCUUCCCAGUAGCAUUACAGGAGCUCAGUGUAAUGUUUUGCUGGUUGCUGAAAGGCUGUGACUGUGCUGUGUAUUUUUCAUGGCUAAUUACCUAAUUUUUUGAACGUUGGUGGUGCAAGCAGUUUAUGACAAGUGCCACUUUGUUCAGGUGUCAUGUAUGCUGUGCUAGGAUCCUAGUUGUUAACUGGAUGUUAGAUACUGCUGACACUUUGUCCUGCAAAGUUCUUUAUGGUGGUUAUGAAGCAGUAUUGUGUGAUCCUAAACAGUGUGAUAAGGAAUGAGUCUGUGGUUACUUAUAUGUAAUGAAUGGAUAUUAAAAGUGAGAAAUUGUUACAGUUGUGUUAAAAUGUACAGCAGUGGUUAUGCACACUUUGUAUGUUCUAAAAAAUUUUGGCUCACUACUAUAAGACCGCACAUGCUAUAGAUGUUGCAAGUAAAUGGGAAUAUGUAGUGGGAAAAUAGUGUAAUUGCCUGCAACACUGUGUAAGAAGUACUUUGAGAAAGUCACACGUUAAUGAGGACUCAGCUAUUUUUGUUAACAUCAGUUCCCAUCAAGAUGGAAGUGGUAGGAUAUAAUUGUACUUGCAGUAUGUGUUUGGUUAGAUGUACAAUGCAUGAGAAUGCCUUUCAUCUUCAUGGAUCUGAAAUUGUGUUACAGGAUCUUAACCAGUCUGUUGGAUUUGCAUUGUAAGUAGCAGCUGUUGUUAUAGUUCAACAAAAGACUUGUGUAAGCAAGUGUAUAGUUAAACGCACAUGCAUCAUUUUGGAUUCAGUAUUUGUUAUGCAGUUACUGAUUAAGAGUAUGCUCUACUAGCCCUUUGAAAUGGAAGUACAGUGAACGUACAUUUAAAAAAAUUAUAACUGAUUGUACAACAAACAUGUACAGCAUUCAGUAUUCUCGUUUCCGAAGGAAACAAGAAAGGUAGAUUGUAUGUUUUCAGAACAUCUUGAUCCUUUUUCUUUCAACUUACAGUUAGUGCUGAAUGAAGUGGAACUACUUAAUUUUUGAAAAACAAGGAAUAGUUUUAAUGAUAUGGCGUGUUGUUAUAUAUUAAUCAGAAAAAUGGUACAAAAUUACAUUCCAGUCUGCCAAAAGUGUAGAAAAUGGUAUUAUUUAAAGUAGUGCUGUGUUUUCUUAAUUCUUAAAACUUGUUAAACAUGAUUUCUCUACUUAAUUAUUAUUUUGAUUCACUAGUAUAGUGAAGUACAAAGACAAAAAUAGCAUUAUCAGAAAUGAAAGGCAUAAAAUUAGCAUAAAAAAGUUUGUGUUCCUUCUGUUUGUGUUUUUCUUCGGUAACAUUGUUUAGGGACCAGCUCAUCAAAGUAGUAAAAAAAUGCUCUAAACUUUCAUGUUUUGUGCAGUAAGCAGUCACAUAUUCUCUAACUGGGUUAUUUCCAAGAACUGUGUUUUGCAAACAAAGUCUUGGUACAGGGAAAAAAAGGAAUGGUUUUGAGAAGAAAUGUUUUAAUGCUAUGCAAAUCCAUGAAGUGAAAGAUGAUAAUGUUUUAUAAAGCUUGCAGUGAGUGGAUCAGUGAAGAGACAGACUAUGAGUUUCUCCACUGACAAUAGACUUCUUUUUUGCAGAAGGGAACUUUGUUUUAAAAGUGACCAAAGAGUGUGUGUGUGUGUGUGUGUGUGUGUGUGUGUGUGUGUGUGUGCAGUGCACGCACGCACAUUCAUAUUUUCCUUGUGUGUAUACCACAAUCAGAGGUGAAGUUAGAAGAGGUUUUCCAGUGUUGUAUUUCAUCUUCUUCAAAGAAAGGCUCACUUCAAGAUAAUAGAUGUGAAUGUGAUAGUGUAUAUUACUAUAAUCUGUUGACACUUUGUUUUCUUUUUUGAAAAGUGAAAUGAAAAUAAGUGUUUCUGUGUUUCAGAUCAAGUUACUAAAUUUAUAUUAACAACUAUAUUUUACACCUGCCUAAGAAGUAUUUUUUCACCAUGUUGUUGAUUUUCCAGAAGUUAUAGAGGGCAGUAACACAGUAGAGUCGUGUUAAUUGUUACUUAUUAAUAAAUGUGCCUUCUUUGUAGAAACAUUGAGAAGCAAAUUCUUAAAUGAGGUUUGAUAAAAAGAAUAUCCUGAAUUGAUUUGAGUACAUUGUAUACUGAUGGGUUAGUUAAUUUCCACCCAUUGCUCAGCUCCCUUUUGCAACUACAGGCAUCCUUUGUCCUCUAUGAGGAAUGAGUCACUAUAUUUUUUAUUUUCAGCAAAAUAUCUUCAAAGUUCACUCUGGAUAUAAACUGAUUGUUUAUGACUGGGUGGUUGUUAAACAGGGAUGUUUCAAGAAAACUUGUUCUGAUGAUUGUAUUGCUUGGAUAGAUAGUCAUGACUAUACUGAUUCACAUGCCAAAGUUUGGAGUAACAGAACAUCUGAGAUGGAAAAAAAGGCACAUUCUUCACAUUGGUGUUACUGCAUUUACAUAUUUCUCCAUUUUUUUACAUAACCUGAUGGAGAUGUCUGUUUCUGCCAUAUAACAACAGUGGUAAUCACAAGACUAAAGGAAUCGUUGCACAUCAUUUGCAUAGCACCAGUCUAUUUCAAUGUGUAGAAGGCCACUGCCAGCUUUUACUGAAUUGUUGGUUCCUCACUUUUUAAGAUGUUAUUCAGGAUAUUUUUUUGUCACCUGCUUGUUUGUCAAUGAUAAACCAAAAGUUAUCUUUAUCAUGGCAGCUGUAAAUCAGAGUUCCCAAACCUAAGGCAGUUGAUAUGUUUCUUUGUGAUAUGUAUAUUUGUGUUCUGAAUUUGCUUGUAAAAAGACUUCAAAUAGCUGCACAAAAGUGUAAUUUAUACAACUGAAAUCUAUUUAUAUGUAUUUAGAAAUGGUUCAGUAUAUGUUCUUAUAUUUUUUGCAGUCCAAAAUAAAAAUUUAUAUAU